AUGAAUGAAGUACUUAUGGGUGACUACAUGAGGCCUGAACCAUCACAGAUAUUGAUUGGAGAUACAGUCACUCUCACAUGUGACAUACAGGGUGAAGGAUGGACAUACACAUGGCAGUGUGGAGGUAGAGAGCAGGCCUCUAUGGAGAAAGAGUUCAACAUCACUGCAGUGUCCACACAGAAAUGCAGGUGUUGUGGCAAGAGACAAUCAGACACCUCUGAAUGGAGUGAAGAAGUGACUCUGACUGUGUUGUACAAACCCAAAGUAAGUGUAAAGCCGCAGAGUUCAGUGUUCACUGGAGACACAGUUACUCUGAGCUGUGAUGUGGGACAGUCAACGGGACGAACGGUUUUCUGGUUCAAAGACUUCAAGAGAAUAAAAGCUAGUGAUGAUGUAGAAAUACGGAGUAAUGUGAGUAUGUCUGAUGGAGGACAGUAUAGGUGCAGUGCACAAAAAGGAAAGUACUUCACAACUCAAAGUCGAAGAGUUGUGCUAACAGUAAGUGAGAGACCCAAGCCUGUGUUGCGUGUAGAUCCUGAUGAACAUGUGUUCAGAGGACAGACGGUCAUUCUCACAUGUGACAUACAGGAGACAGACGUCAGCAUCUGGAGCUACAUCUGGAGUAAAGAUGAUUCACAGAUUGAUGUCAGUCAGUCACAGGAAUACAGAAUCAGUUCUGUUAAUGAAUCUCACACGGGUCGUUACAGCUGUACUGGAAGAGAAACAGGAGGAUCACGAUCCUCACACACCAGUGACACAGUUACACUCACACUAUCAGUGCAUCCAGAGAGACCUAAACCUCUUCUGACUGUUCAGCCUGAACCAUCACAGAUAUUGAUUGGAGAUACAGUCACUCUCACAUGUGACAUACAGGGUGAAGGAUGGACAUACACAUGGCAGUGUGGAGGUAGAGAGCAGGCCUCUAUGGAGAAAGAGUUCAACAUCACUGCAGUGUCCACACAGAAAUGCAGGUGUUGUGUCAAGAGACAAUCAGACACCUCUGAAUGGAGUGAAGAAGUGACUCUGACUGUGUUGUGUGAGUCAUCAUGAUCUU